AUGGCCGGUAAAGUGGCUAUCAAUGAUUUGGGCCCAGAUCACUUAGCCGCCUUCAAGCUAUCUCUUCAGCGCAUUUGGUCGAUAAAGCUUGUGGAGGAUACAUUUGCACAGAUUGUCGAUGGUAUCCCAGUAGAACAUUUGGACACUGAAUUAUUAUUUCAGUACGAUGAAGAAAUAUUCGGGCGUACACACCCGAGUGAUGACGCCUUAGACGAGGUCGCGCGAUGGAAAUCGAAAUUUCAGAUAGAGAGUUUCAGUAUAGAUGCCGAGCGUAUCAAAAUACCACGAGGGGACAACGGAGUUUGA